AAGAGGAAAAGGGGGGUGGGUGUGGACUUGGGAUUCCAUUGAAUUGAAGAUAAUUUGGGAGCAGCUGCAGAAAUUGGAAGCAAGAGUGCAAGGAUCCAGGAAGCGAUAGGAGUUGGACUGGAAGCAUCAUGUCUGCCUCACAGCUGUUUUUUCUCCUGUGUUGUCUUCCCUUGGCAAAUUGCCUGCUGUGUUAUACCUGUCUAUUCCCCGCCGUUUCUCCUCUGGACUGCCUGAAGUUUCCACAGGAGUGUCCGGCCGGACAGCGCUGCCUAUCGAGUGUCGCCACGGGCAGGCGAGGCGCCCUUCAAGUGACCAUGUACGAGAAGAGCUGCGCCGUUCCCUCCCAGUGCGGUCUGAGCGGACAGAAAUACGCCAGCGGCCUCUAUUUCAACUACACCAACGUUUGCUGCAACACGGACCUGUGCAACGGGGCAGCCGGGGCCCUCUGGCGGGGCGGAGCCGCACUCUGCCUGCUGCCUGCACUCGCCCUCCUGCUGGCCUGAGACGACACCCGCGGCCACGGAGAACGUUGUCACCCAGGGAUGAAAAUGACUGUAACAAUAUGAAUGCAGGCAACCCACACAAUGACCUAAACCUUAGCAAUGUAGCUCUCCAGAUCGAGCAUAUUAAUUUAACAUUUUCGACAACAACUGACAAAGUCAUCGUCACAUUGUCACAUUUCUCCCGUCCAAAGGCAAAACCUAGUAACUCACUUCUAGCUGAUUUUGAGAAAACAAAGUAAAACCAAUCUAUCUUGAUGCUGUCUUACAAAGUCAUCAAACGUAUAGAUGUUUUCUUGAGCUUUCAUUUUUUUUGCCGAUUGAGCCAAGGAUUGAAUCUGCUCUCAUGAACGUGUGCCCUUUCUCCAGAUAUUUUAUCACAGUCUCGAGUGGGCCCCAUUCUGCGUUUGCACAUUGGGCAAGAGCCGUGUACAGCGUCCAGUUUUUAUUUUGACCUCCACAGUUAUCUGCCCAAAAGAGUAUGCAAGGGGAAGAAUCAAGAACAAUACAUUUAAUGAAGGUGCUUGCACCGUCCUGGGCCAAUCUUCCAAAUAUCCCCUUGUGCCAUAAUAUCACAAUCAGGUUGACUGUCGGCCCCCAUUCGUGCAAAUGUCUCAUUAAAGACAAUAAGGCGACUGACAAAGAAGCUCCGAUUGGUCCCUUGAGAUACUAGGUUUUUCUGUUUUAUCUACGCGGUUAAGUGGUAGUUGCUAGGUCCUGCCAUGCGCGUAACAGCUUACUUACGGAACAAAUUACAAUAUUGCAUACACUAAUGUAAAGCAUAUCACCUAGGAACUCCAAAAUUAUUGUCAGCUCAGUUUUGACCAAAAUUGAGUUACUGGGUUUUGCCUUUGGACAGGAGACUUGAUGGAGGCCAAUGGUUCUUUAGGGUUUUAUCAUGAUUAUAAUUAUUUGGUUUGUUACAAACUUAUUUUAGUUAAUAUUUGCACAGCUAAUAAAGGUUUCAUGACGGCAAGACUGUGUCUAUUCGUGCAUUUGAAAUUAAUCUCUAUGGGCCUGCGCUGACACUGAGCAUCUAAACGUUUACUUGAGCCAAUCAAUCAAUCAAAGUUUAUUUAUAAAGCCCUUAAUCACAAGUGUCUCAAAGGGCUGCACAAGCCAACGAUUAAAUAUAUUAUGUCGCUUUACUGCGGUCUUCUUGACUGUAGAUCAGAGGUCCCCAAACUUUUUGGAGCUGCGGACCAGUCAACGCUUGAAAAUUUGUCCGACGGACCGGGGGUUAUUUAUCUGUUUUUUUCAUAAAGAAAUACAAUCAUGUGUGCUUACGGACUGUAUCCCUGCAGACUGUAUUGAUUUAUAUUGAUAUAUAGUAUAUAUAUUGUGUUUUUUAUGUUGAUUUAAUGAUUUAAAAAAAAAAUAUAUAUAUAUAUUUGUUGUGCGGACUGGUACCAGGCCGCGGCCCGGUGGUUGGGGACCACUGGUGUAGAUUAAUUCAGGUUGAUCUGAUUAUGGGCCCGCACUUACUCCAAGCAGUUAUGCUUUGGUCUAAUCACUUCUAUACUGCAAUUUCUCCGACUUUGUAUAUUAUUUCUAGUAUUGAGUCUUGCGAUUACACUGAGCAUUCAUGAUCUGGCCCAUUUACUUUCAUUCUGCUGUUGUACUGCAAUUUCUCUGACAUUGUGGAUUUUUUCGACUAAAUAGUUUGAGUUGUUUUGAUUAAGGGCCUAAAUUGCAUUGUGCAUUCAUGCUUUGGCUCAUUAUCUUGUUCGAUCACUGCUACUCUGUUGAUUUACGGCAAUUUCCCUGAUUUUGUAGAUUAUUUCUAGUAUUAUUUUGAGUCAUCCUGAUUACGGGCCUGUGCAUAACCUGAGUUUCCACGCCGGCCAGUUUCUCAUCACUUCUAUUCUGCUGUUUUACUGCAACUUCUUUGACUCUAUGGAUUAUGUCUCGUAUUGUUUUUGGUUCUUAUAAAUAUGGGCCUGCACUUACACCAAGCAUUUAUGCUUCGGUCGUAUCUUGUCCCAUUAAUUCUAUUUUGUUGUUUUACUGCAAUUUAUGCGACUCUAGGGAUUAUGUCUCGUAUUAUUUUUGGUUGUUAUAGAUAUGGGCAGGUGGCAACUUGUCCAGGGUGUACACCAACCUUCCGCCCGAUUGUAGCUGAGAUAGGCACCAGCGCCCCCCGCGACCCCAAAGGGAAUAAGCGGUAGAAAAUGGAUGGAUGGAUCGAUAAAUAUGGGCCUGCACUUACACCAAGCAUUUCUGCUUUGGUCCUAUCUGGUCCCAUCACUUCUAUUUUGUUGCUUUGUGGAAAUUUCACUCUUUGUAGAUUAAUUAUAAUAUUCUAAAUCACCCUGAUUAUGGGCCUAAGCUUUCACUAACCAUUCAUGAUCUUGCUUAUUACUUUAAUCCUGCUGUUUUAUUGCAACAUCUCUGACUUUGUGUUUUAUUUCCAGGAAUUGUUUUAGUUGUUUUGAUUAAGGUUCUGCAUUGGUAUUGUGCAUUCAUGCUUUGGCUCAUUACCUUGUCGCAUUACUUCCCCUCUGAUGUUAUAUAGCAAUUUCUGUAAAUUUGUAGAUCAUUUUCUUUUUUUCUGAUUGUGGGCCUGCUGUUUUAGUUAACAUUCAUACUUUGUCCCAUUCACACGCUGAAUACCUUUUAUUUUGUGGUUUUAUUGCAAUUUUUCCGACUUUGUAGAUUUAGUACUUAUUAUUUUGAUCCGUCAUGAUUGUGGACCUGCCCGUUUGCCUUUCCAAAUACAGUUGUGAUCAAAAUUAUUCAACCCCCACACAAUUUUGGUGUUUUAGCAAGUUGGACAUUUAUUCCGUAUUUUGUUUAUAGUCAUAUCAAAUAAAGAUGCAUUAAAUAGACGAAUGCAACAUGAGUUACAACAUUAUAUUUUGUAACAUACCAAACAGUGUUAUUUCUCUUAAUAUCUAAUUGACAAAAUUAUUCAACCCCUUGAAGAUCAUAACUCUUAAGAACAGAAUUUGAAUUAGGUCUUUUCAAUCGGGUGUUGAAAACACCUGUAGAUGUGAUUAGAACCAUAACGAGCAACAGACUGACGCUCAGCUUCUUGUAGAUUGUCAAUGGUGUAUUUGCAACAUGGUGAAGUCCAGGGAGUGGUCAAAGAAGUCAAGAGAGGAGGUAAUUUCGCUUCAUAAGAAAGGAUAUGGAUAUAAGAAAAUAGCAAAGACAUUACACAUUCCAAGAGACACAGUUGGGAGUAUAAUUCGCAAGUUUAAAGCUAAAGGCACAGUGGAAACACUACCUGGGCGUGGUAGAAAGAGGAUGCUGUGUGCAACUACUGUCCGGUAUUUGAAGCGUACAGUGGUGAAAAACCCCCGGGUAACAGCUGAGGAACUACAACAGGACAUUGCAGAGGGGGGAACGCAGGUUUCGUCCCAGACAAUAAGGCGCGCACUACGAGAUGAAGGCCUCCAUGCCAGAACUCCCAGGCGCACCCCACUUCUGAUUAGUUUUUAUUAGUUAACCCUGUAGCUAUUGUUUUUAUAGUAUUGUUGUGAAUUAUUCUUAUUAUGGGCCUGAGUUUACACUGAGAAUAGGUCGGUUGACCCAUUACUUCCAUUCUGCUGUUUUAAACCAAUUUCUCUGAUUUUAAAAAAGACAACUACACGGCACUUAUUUCUUAAGACACUUUAUUUUGAAGGAAUGCACCAAUGAAAUGUGGAUUUUCAAAGUACAAAAUUAAAAAUGGAAACAAUUUUUCCGCAGUUGGAUUGAUUGUCAAUGUGAUUUAGGUUUAGUGUCCACCCUUCCGUGGACGCAUAAGUGCGACAACUGUUACAUAGCUACACGUUAACGAGCACAAAACAUGGUAAAUAAGGCUGAACUAGUCAAAGCGUAACAGGGUGAAAAGAACAUGGCAUUUACAUACACAGGUGAAGAAAAAAGGCGAAAAACAAAAAAAAAGUAGCAUUUAAAUGUGAGUUGGAUGAUCCCUGAAAUUGUAUUAGAUUCUAAGAACACUAAAAUAUUUAGUUACCAUCGCUUUAAUUGACUCAUUGAGGAAACAGUUCAGUCAGGUAAAAAUACAUUUUCUGUUACAACAAAGACUCCCCGAUUAAAACUCUGUAGCAAAAUGUCUAAAAAGACCGUUUCUCCCUCUUAAAUUGCACUUAGGUGCUUUAAACCUGAAGCUUAUACUGAGUUCAGCACAAAGACAUACACUACACACUAAAAGUUUGGGGUAUUUGGCUUUUGGGUUUAAUUCCAGAAUGAACCGAAAAUGCACUGUAACUUUUGACGGGUUGGCCUACUUGAACCUUUUCUGAACUUUUAAAUAUACAUUUCAAUUAGAAAUGUUUCACUACAAAACAACUCCAAAAGCUUGCAGCCCAGCCUUCAUGACUACCAUAAGACAGAGCUUAUUUGCGCUGGUGGUUACCACAAGCUGAGCUGGACAUUUUGAUGUUUUUUUAUUUUUGCCUUUUUAUUAUUUCUGUGAAUAUCCCUUAUUUUGUUUCUUUUUUUUGUUUGUUGUCAACAUUUGAUUGUAUGAUUCGUUUAGUUGUGUUUUUUUGGCAACUCACGAUUCAAUUUGAUCCAAUUUCGAUUCUUGUGGUGACAAUUCGAUUCAGAAUCCAUCUCCAAAUCAACAAAAAUGUACUAUUUGGCAUAAUAUUUAUAAUGAAACCUUUUCAAAAACAGGUUACAAAACCUCCUUUUGAGGGCUGAUGUGUGACGUAUACACACAGCGAGUAAGCAAAGAGUUAAAAGUAGAUGAGCAAAAAAGAAGUGAAAAGAUUAAUUGAUUUUGAAUCAGGGAAAAAAAAGAGUUGUGAUUCGGAUGUUUUUGAGCACCCCGACUAUUUAUAGCCUUGACUGUACUUACUGUGAUUUUAAUUCUAUUUUUGUUUACCUUUCUGUUCUUAAUUUGUAGAACACUCUCGGGCUGUUCUUAGAAAUUGUGCUAUACAAAUAAAUAAACCUUGACCUUGCAUUUUUUUUGUAACACUUCACCUUCUCAGGUAAAUACGUAAAACCAGGGGUGUCUAAAGGGGCCAUUUGGGAGCUGCAGCUUGGUUUUAUUGGCCUUUGAUACACUGAAGAAAUGAAAUGAAUACCAAUUUGACCCCAAAAAAUUAAUAAAAGGAAUAAUGUAAUGAGAAGAUAGCUAAACUGUAUGUGCAACUCUUUUUUAGCAUUAAAAACAUAUAUGCGCAUGCGGUGUGGCCAAAUAUGCAUUGGAUAAUGACGUCCUUUCAACACACACAGAAACAAAACCCAGCAUUUUGCUUUUCCAGUGUCUGCUGAGAUUAAUUCUGGCCCUAAAUUUAAAAUUGCUCACCUGUAAAAGGUUAUGUUGAAUUUAAGGUUCAUCCUGAAGUUUUACCCGAAAGCAGACUAUCCCUAAUUGCGUAGUGUAUACAUUUUAAAUCUAUCUUCCAUUUGCCUUCAACAAUGAAUUAGCAUCGAGCCUUAAGGUUGCUAAAAAGCUGCCACUACAGAUAAAAUAAGGCAUUUUAUCACGGUUCAGUUCAAGUAUUAGCCUUCUCACACCAACAUUAUAAUGUUAUUAUGUGUUUGAGAUGUACAGUAACGUUAAGUCCCUUCAUGAAUACUGUGGGGAUUGCAGGCUCAAUUCCUAUAACAAUUCCCAACAUCCUUAUUAUCAAGAUCAACAAACACAGCACAUACUCAGAUUAAAUAUAAGGCUUUGAUCUAAUUGUUACUUAGUAGACGUUCUACAGGCUAAUAUGCAAAUUUCAUAUGCUAAUCUCACUAAGCUAAACUAUAAUCAUAUUUCGGCAUUUUAGGGUUACACUGAAAAGAAAUACAAAUGAUAUACUUGCUACUAGAUUAAAGUCGUUUUUGAAUCAAGUCUUAACUCCAGGAAAUGAAGUUGCAAUGCACACAAGAUAAAUCGUAACGAUAUAAAAAGUUGUACUAAUUCAAGAACAAGGUGGUAAUUUUUAGCAAAAAUAAAGUUGA